AUUGCUAACACUGCGUUGUUUACACAAAGGACAUGUCCAGAAGCGCAUUUCACUUUUAGUCUGUUAAUUAACGCAUGCCUGCAGGAUCUUUAAAACUUUGAACGGCCUCGCAAGUAAAUAAAAAUUGUGCAAGAAGUAUCCAUACACGUUUUUUAGAGUUGCCCCACGACUAAUGGACGCACCGCAGGCGAGCGUCCAGCCAGCAGGCGGCGCCAGUGAGCCGGAGCUCGCAGGGAGGGAGGGAGCCAUUCCGUUGUCGCUGCAGGAGGGAUCCAUGCUGUGGUCCCUGGAGGAGGCGCUGGAGAGGCAGACGCUGCAGAUCGGGGUGUCGGCCUGCGGGGCCACAGCGGUUCUGGACGUGGUGCGGGUGCUGGGGGCCGAGGAGGGCGUAGCCAAAGAGGAAGACGCCAACAGCUGCGUCCGGACGCGCCUGCGACGGAACGAGGCGCCGCUGCCUGAUUACUUGCUGUCGCGGAGCGAGGCAGGCGCCACCCACGCCCAGCUCAUCAGGGGGGCGUCGGAGCUCAGUGGCGGCCGGGUGGUGGGCCGCUUCUUCCACCAUCACCCCCGACGGAGCGUCAGGCUGGGCCCCUGGCUGGCCGGCUGGAUCCGUAAGGGAGCCGUUCCCGUGGCGACCAUGAACAUGCAGGUGGCUGUGCCCGCAGGCGAGGAGGUGCCGGACGCCUGGCACCACCAGCUGAUAUUCGGCGUGGCGCCGGGUGGAGCAGUCUUCAUGGCCAACCCCCUCGACGUGGUGAGUGAAAGCGAGCUGCACAAACGCCUGUGCACUGAGUCAGUGUUGCUGAUUCGCCGGGAGGACGUGCUGCAGAGAUUGAGCCUGCCCUGCCAUCAGUUCAACCUAUCAGAGGGAUUUGAAGACCCUCGCUGGAAGACCAUGGAUGUGGAAGGUCAAGUGAGGCAGAUGGUCCUGGAAGAAGAACAAGGAAGUCGGUCCAAGGCAACGCACAUCGCGAUCCCAGCGGCGUACAGUUCAGGCGUGACCAUCUUUGCCUUACAGAGCUCGUCCCUGGGAAGUGAACUCCUUGCUGCUCCGGAAUUGCAGCUGUUUUGACAAAGGAACGCUAAAAUUGGCACUAAAAGGGACUUAAAGGACUCGCAGAAGUCGCAAUUUAUGUGAUAAACCCCAAAAGAAACACUGGUUACCUGUUCCCCCUAUUGUAGUCUGUGCUUUUACUGUUAACCAUGUUUUUAAACUUUUAAAGAUGGCCGCCCCGGAGACCACCUCGAGGGGGCCAUUUUUUGAGGAUUUCGCAUGAGACCGUCUUAAUUGAAUAAGAUGGAACUGUUAUAUAAAAUGCUUUAAUUUUUCAACCACAAUGCUGAUAUAACUGCCAUCUGCCAUUUGCUUUAAUGUAUUCUCAUUGGUGUCCUGAAAACUAAGAGUGAAACAAUGUGAUAGCUGGCCUGAAAGUGAAAUAUAAAGUGUUUGAUGAGGCCUA